AUGCUCGGUACCUCCAAGAGCUAUAGGAAUCUUUAUGGCAUGACAAAGCUUAACAAAUGCCAUGGUAAAUAUAGAGUUUUUAUUAAAGUUGAAUCGAUUGAUUUUGGAAGUAAUGAUGCGAAAAAGUCGCAAGGUUACACAAUAUGUAUAGGACCAAAGGUCUCAUAUAUGCCAUACUCUUAUGAAUUCAAGAGAGAUAACAAACCAAUCACAAAGGUCUGGGAGUUUUGGUAUAACAGUUAUAAGAGCUCUUCUUUCUCUCUGGCUCUUUUCAAGAAUAAUUUAAUCUUAGAUAAUGAACUCAUUGGUAUGACAAACGUCAAACUUUCUAGUUUUCCAAAGGACUCUGUUUCAACAGGCACUUUUGAGCUUAAAUUAAAUAAUGAAAAAUUAGAACCAAUUUCUGUAAAACUCAUGGUUUACAUUUGCGAAAAUGGAUCAAAACCAUUCGAUCCUACAACAAUGCCAAUGAGAAAGAAACAAUUCAAGCCAAUGAUAUCCAAUUUGGUUGCAGAAUAA